ACGUCUAUUUUUCUAACAAAGGAUGGGGUCUCAAUUAUUGACAACAAAGAUUAUUACGCUGUUUAGCAUAGUGUCUGUCCGUGUGACAGACGCAGGUAGGAUGUGGUUUUGUAAAACGGAUGAUCCCUGUCAAGUCGCAAACACGACAGCACCUUACCAGCCACAAAUAAGAGCCAAAAACUGUCCCUACAAUAACAGUCCAUACUGCGAUCGCUUCAUAACCCCAGGGUGGUACAGAUUUAAAGAAGACAUGCUGAAUUAUCCUCCAAGUUUAAUGGAAUGUGGAGCCGUAUACCCCUCAUGGUUAAACGGAACUCUUCCGACUAAGAAGAACGAAGAGGUAGAAAGAACCGUUUGUAAAAUUGGUUUCAAAAAUACAUGUGCCAGACGAGUUACUAUCAUAAUAAAGCAGUGUGGAUCAUUCAAUGCGUACUGUCUUCCUUCAUUGGGUGCUUGUUCCGAAAGAUAUUGCUUUGGUGAAAGAGAUGUUACUUGUGAGCAGAUCCCUAGCUCUCCCCAGGAUACCACACCCCCAAUGGUAACCAAACAAACAGAAAAAAUAAGAGGGGGUGUAUCUGGAAAAACUAAAGAACCAUCAUCCGGAGUAUACUCUCAAAAUCAACUCUUAGCUGAAAUUUGUAAAACUGAUCCGUGUACGUCGAGAAACCUUCCCAGAAUUCCAUAUGUAAAAGGAAGGGGUGAAAAUUGCAAAUACACACAUUUUUUGCAAUCUUGUGACCGAGACUUGUUUCCGGGGUGGUAUAAGGCAGAAGCAGCAGAACCGAAGCUCCUAAACAGAUGUCCAGAUGUUCUUUCUUGUGCCGCUAUACGCCCUGUUUGGAUGGACGGUAUACAUCCUACUGAAAAUGAAGGUAUUGUGAAAAGAGAUAUCUGUGUUUCUGGAUUCGGAUUAGGAAACACAAAAUCUUGCUGCCACGAAAGAAGCCACAUAUAUGUGAGGAACUGUGGACGUUAUAUGGCGUAUUGCCUGAAACCUUUGAAAAAAUGCGAAGAACGAUAUUGCUUGGAAAACAAUGUUCCAUGCACUGACGGAAAGGAUAACUCAGUUGAGUCUUCUUUAUUGCACAGCAGCCAAUCUAAUAUUCCUGUUAUUGUCACUGCAGUUGUAAUGAUACCACUAAUGAUAAUUGCAUCAACGCUUAUAAUUGUUACUUUCUUGAAAAGGAAUGAAAAUAACUACGUAAAACCAAAGAAACUAGAGAAGAAUGACUCAUUGGGUAAUGGAUACACAUGCUUGAAGUUUCCAGAGAAGACUAUCUCCAAAGAAGGGUGUGACCAUGGCGAUACCAAUGUCUACUGUAUGAUAAAUGAUGUGCAAUAACCAUUCAGAGACAUGGGCGUUUAUAUAUAUAUAUUCCAGAGAUUUGACAAAGGGAUUUAUUUGAAGUUAGAAGAAUUGCAUGAAUUUAUAUUAAAAAUCAUGACUGACAAAUGCAAUGAAAUCCAUUUUGCCUUUCAGCUUUUGAGCUUGAUUAUUUUUCGUUAUCUCCCUAUUUGAUUUCUCGAGAAUUCUCCAGAAUUGUGAAACUUACAUGUACCUAUGGUUCAUACCGAGGACUAGGGCUUAUCUGGUAAUAUAUUGAAUAUUCUUCAUUAAUCCUGAAAAAAUCUCUUUUCAAAAGGACUCCUUGUUGGAACAUUAAUUGUAUAUACUCAUAGAAAUCGUGCAUAAGAAUUGUUAUAUGUACUAAGCAAAAUGCUUGUGAAAUGUAAGGUCACCAUGGUUAACGCCCCAGGUCAGGGCUAAAUUGAUUAUAAUUUUUAAAAGUAUAUUUUUUUAAAUACUAGGAAAGAAAAAAGGCAAAAUGCUUAAUUAUAAUGAACAUCUAGACCAGUACAGAAAUGGAAAUUAUUUAUUUCCCCGGGGACAAGGAAUCAGAAACCCCAUAUACUGACAAUAAUCGAGAAUUGUACCAUUUCAGUUUAUUUUAUCAUUAAACAUAAAAGUAAUUGCAACAGAUUUAUUUUUAAAUCUAUAAAAUCUGUAAUGCACAAAAAAUGUUAUAUAAAAAUCUAACAAAAUCGGAAGACGGAAAAGCAAUGUUUGAGGCUACAUUAAUUUUCUAUGAAAAUUGCUGUAGAAAAUAGCUUAAAUCUAAUAAUUAUUAUAAAUUUUGCAUAAAAUCUGUUUUUUACAUUUUUUUCAUUUAUGAUGCACAAAAACUUCCUCAAAUAGUGCAAUUAUUUUGAAAAAAGAAGAUUGAAUUAAACGAAUAUAGUGACAUUUAUAACUGCAAUAAAAACUUUUAUAGCCAGCAAAAACUAUCACUGCAUGGGCCCAUUUCAGAUUAUCGCCCCAUAAUAUAAAAUUUUAAGAAUAUAGGUAAAACUUUGUCUCUAAACUUGUAUGCAUAUUUUGUUUUAUUUUGUAAAGUGUUUAUUA